CCCAGAACCACCACCACCACCCAAUACACAAUCAGGAAAAAAUGGCAUUCGCAGCUCGCUUUGUGACCUUCUUCCUCGCCUUCUCCAACCUUGUCUCUCUUUCCCUCGCAGCACCAGCACCCGCCGUAGUGUGUUCACUCGACCAGAUUGCUGCAGACGUUCAACAAAUCUCAACUCAAACUCUCGCCCUCGAUAACCACGUUCUUGCUUUUCCGGAUUCCGGAGGACUAGCCUCUGAUGCCAUGCUCGUUCACACCGACUUACAAGGCGUGAUCAGCGCGAUUGACACAACCGCCGCUGAUAUGGAGCCUUGCCCUGCUCCAUUCAACGACGACCUUUUCCAAAACCUCCUCUCAUCCGUCCAAACGAUCAUUAGUCAGGAAAGCCAAGCGAUGAACGACCUCGUCGCUAAGAAACCUGCGUUCGACGCAGUUGGAGGUGUAUCCCCCAUUUUCAAGCAGGACCUCGAUAACCUUCGAGCUUCGUCUGUGGUUUUGGAGAAUGUGUGGCUUGCGAGAGCGCCUGCUGAUCUUGUGGGCCAAGCACAAACUCUCGCGGAUGAGAUUAAUAAUGUUCUUGCUUCUGCUCAAGCUGCGUAUGCUUGAUAGAUGGGCCUAUGUAUUUCUUAGAUGGGGAUGUAGAGGACCGUCGAUCGAGGUUCAACUUGCUCUAGAGGAAUAGUUCUGUCUUUUUCUCUGAAUUUUUAUUUUACCUUCUUGUAUAUACGGUUCCAUGAAGAUAGCGAAUAACAUUCACG